AUACAGUAGGCCUGAGCGAAGGGCAGCAGUGCAAGAGGGGCGCCUUUUCUCGCAUCUUGGCCAACCGGGGAGAGGCGAGUGGUCUGUCUUUUUGCUUCUUCUUGGGGGGUCUGACGCAGCGCUGGCAUGGACAGCUGUUCUGCUUUGAUUAACCAGCAGCAGUGCUAGUACAGUAUAGACUAGGAUGUUUUUGCUGGUCCCCCUCACACCCUCUUGGUUUCUUCUCGGCCUCUUUAUUUUUUCCUUCUCGAGCUCGCUCGAUUUUAAUUUGCCAGGCCCUUGGGCUGGAAUUUCCUGUUUGGGGGUGGAGCAGGUCCGGCACAAGUGUUUUAGCGUGGAGAAGGGUUUCUGGCCUGAGCGUCGGCCCUAGCCCAAUGUGGGAAUGAUGGAGAAGGGGCAUGAUGGGUAGGUACUUUGUACUUACCCGACGAGCAUCUGGAUUGUGGCGAAAAAGGAACGGGACGAGUCGGCGUUUGUCUAAGAGGGCGAGGGCGCCAGGCCUCUGCUGCGCGAGCUGUGUGCGCGGGUGUGGGUGCGUGUGUGCUCGUGGAUGCUGCUGGGACUGGCUGGGCUGCAGGGUUACAGAAAAGAGAAGAGAAAAAAAAAAAAUGUGCCGUGGGCUAGAGGCGCUAAGGCUUCAGGUUGGACGUUCGAGAAUGGCGC